AUGUCCUACGGUGGAGGCUACGGUUCCUCGCGAGACCACUAUGGUGGUGGAGGCGGCGGCGGCUACUCUAGAGGUGGUGGCUACGGAAAUGGCUACGGAAAUAGCAACGGUUACUCGCACGGCCACUCCAGCGGUGGUUAUGGCUCAUACGGAGGAGCUGGCGGCUACGGCGGUGGCACCGGGGGUGACAGAAUGUCAAACCUUGGCGCCGGCUUGAAGACGCAAAAUUGGGACCUCUCAACUAUGCCCAAAUUUGAAAAAUCGUUCUACAAAGAACACCCUAAUGUUUCGCAGCGAUCGACUCACGAGGUCGAUGCGUUUCGCAAAGAGCAUGAAAUCACGGUGCAAGGCAAAAACGUUCCUCGACCAGUGGAGACUUUUGAUGAAGCUGGCUUCCCGCAAUACGUUAUGUCAGAGGUCAAAGCCCAAGGGUUUGCGAGGCCCACGGCCAUUCAGGCCCAAGGGUGGCCCAUGGCCCUCUCUGGCCGUGACGUGGUUGGUAUUGCCGAAACUGGAUCCGGAAAGACUUUGACGUAUUGUUUGCCUGCUAUUGUUCACAUCAACGCUCAGCCUCUCCUUGCUCCAGGAGAUGGCCCCAUCGUCCUUGUUCUUGCACCUACUCGUGAGUUGGCAGUUCAGAUCCAAACUGAGAUUACGAAAUUUGGGAAAUCAUCUCGUAUUCGGAACACUUGUGUAUACGGCGGUGUCCCCAAAGGGCCUCAGAUUCGUGACUUGACUCGUGGUGUCGAAGUCUGUAUCGCCACUCCAGGCCGGUUGAUCGACAUGUUGGAGGCAGGAAAAACUAACCUACGACGUGUUACUUACCUUGUCCUCGAUGAAGCAGAUCGUAUGCUUGACAUGGGUUUCGAACCCCAGAUCCGCAAAAUUGUUUCACAAAUUCGUCCUGACCGACAAACUUGCAUGUGGUCUGCUACUUGGCCCAAAGAUGUCCGGCAACUCGCCCAGGACUUCCUCCACGACUAUAUUCAGGUCAAUAUUGGCUCUAUGGAUUUGUCUGCUAACCACAGGAUUACUCAAAUCGUGGAAAUUGUUUCAGAAUUCGAGAAACGUGAUCGCAUGGCGAAGCACCUUGACCGUAUUAUGGAGGCCAAUAAACAUUCCAAAGUCCUCAUUUUCACUGGAACUAAACGUGUUGCUGAUGACAUCACUCGAUUCCUCCGACAGGAUGGAUGGCCUGCGCUUUCUAUCCACGGCGACAAACAACAAAAUGAACGUGAUUGGGUCUUGAACGAAUUCAAGACCGGAAAAAGCCCGAUCAUGGUUGCCACCGAUGUGGCUUCCCGUGGUAUUGAUGUUCGCGAUAUUACUCAUGUGUUGAACUAUGACUAUCCGAAUAAUUCGGAAGAUUAUGUUCACAGAAUCGGCCGGACAGGUCGUGCUGGUGCCAAGGGAACUGCAAUUACCCUGUUCACCACUGACAAUGCUAAGCAGGCUCGUGAUCUGGUUGCUAUUCUCUCUGAAUCUAAACAGCAGAUCGAUCCUCGCCUUGCCGAGAUGGCCCGCUACGGUAGUGGCGGCGGCGGUAACCGAUGGGGUGGUCGUGGCCGCGGUCGCGGUGGCUUCACCGCUUCAAAUGCAGCACCUCUGGGCAAUAAUCGCCGCUGGUAA